AUGAAAAAUGCAAUAAUUGCUACGCUCGACCAUUAUUGCUCUACGAAUAAAUCGCCGAGGCAUGACAAUUGUCCGUCGGGUGCCGAUAGCUGGUGCGAAUGGCGUCAAGCUGAAGUGAAGAAUCAAUUACGUUCGUAUAAGCAUCCUGCACAAUUAAUUGAUGAAGGAAUUGAAAAGCAUAUUCGUCCAAUCUACGAACAAUUGUCAAAAGACGAAUUAUUGAACAGAUGUUUAGGAGGACACACUCAAAAUUCAAAUGAAUCCUUCAAUCCAACGGUGUGGCGAAUGGCUCCUAAACACUUGCAUUCUGGAGUAAAAAUAAUUGAAAUCGCAGCAAACUUGGCUGCAGGCAUUUUCAAUGAAGGAUAUUCAGCAGUUUUAAUUACGAUGCAGAUGCUAAACAUUAAUAUCGGUCAGCAAUGUAAAAUGUUUGCCGAUACCGUCGAUGCGCAACGGAUCUCGAGGGCGAACAAACGUGAAACUGAAAGCAGCAAGGAGGCUCGGACAGCUCGCAGAUUGGAACAAAUGCAACAAGAUGAAUUCUACGAAGAAGAAGAGGGGAAUCUUUAUGGAGCAGGAAUCGCUGAUUAG